AUGUCGUGUUGUGACCUGGCUGCGGCGGGACAGUUGGGCAAGGCGGGCAUCAUGGCCUCGGAUUGUGAGCCAGCUCUGAACCAGGCAGAGAGCCGAAACCCCACCCUGGAGCGCUACCUGGGAGCUCUCCGUGAGGCCAAGAAUGACAGCGAACAGUUUGCAGCCCUGCUGCUAGUGACCAAGGCAGUAAAAGCAGGUGACAUCGAUGCCAAAACCCGACGGCGGAUCUUUGACGCCGUUGGUUUCACUUUCCCCAACCGUCUCCUAACCACCAAGGAGGCACCAGAUGGCUGCCCUGACCAUGUUCUCCGUGCCCUUGGUGUGGCCCUGCUGGCCUGUUUCUGCAGUGACCCUGAACUGGCCACCCAUCCUCAGGUCCUGAACAAGAUCCCCAUCCUUAGCACCUUCCUCACAGCCCGGGGGGACCCUGAUGAUGCUGCCCGCCGCUCCAUGAUUGAUGACACCUACCAGUGCCUGACAGCUGUAGCAGGCACACCCCGAGGGCCCCGGCACCUCAUUGCUGGUGGCACCGUGUCUGCCCUAUGUCAGGCAUACCUGGGUCAUGGCUAUGGCUUUGACCAGGCCCUGGCACUCCUGGUGGGGUUGCUGGCUGCUGCAGAGACACAGUGCUGGAAGGAGGCGGAGCCCGACCUGCUGGCAGUAUUGCGGGGCCUCAGUGAGGAUUUCCAGAAAGCCGAGGAUGCCAGCAAGUUUGAGCUCUGCCAGCUGCUGCCCCUCUUCCUGCCCCCAACAACCGUGCCCCCUGAAUGCCUCCGGGAUCUGCAGGCUGGAUUGGCGCGCAUCCUGGGAAGCAAGCUGAGCUCCUGGCAACGCAACCCUGCCCUGAAGCUGGCAGCCCGCCUGGCACACGCCUGCGGCUCUGACUGGAUCCCAGCGGGCAGCUCUGGGAGCAAAUUCCUGGCCCUCCUGGUGAAUCUGGCAUGCGUGGAGGUACGGCUAGGCCUGGAGGAGACAGGCACAGAGGUGAAGGAGGAUGUGGUGACUGCUUGCUAUGCCCUUAUGGAGUUGGGGAUCCAGGAGUGUACCCGCUGCGAGCAGUCACUGCUUAAAGAGCCACAGAAGGUGCAGCUUGUAAGCAUCAUGAAGGAGGCCAUCGGAGCUGUCAUCCUCUACUUGCAGCAGGUGGGGCCAGAGAAACAGAAGGAACCCUUCGUGUUUGCCUCGGUUCGGAUCCUGGGUGCCUGGCUGGCCGAGGAAACCUCAUCCCUGCGUAAGGAGGUGUGCCAGCUGCUGCCCUUCCUCGUCCGUUAUGCCAAGACCCUCUAUGAGGAGGCGGAGGAGGCCAAUGACCUCUCACAGCAGGUGGCCAACUUGGCCAUUUCCCCCACCACCCCAGGGCCCACCUGGCCAGGGGACGCUCUCCGGCUCCUUCUACCCGGCUGGUGCCACUUGACUGUCGAAGAUGGACCCCGGGAGAUCCUAAUCAAGGAGGGGGCUCCUUCACUUCUUUGCAAAUACUUCCUGCAGCAGUGGGAGCUCACAUCCCCUGGCCAUGACACCUCAGUGCUGCCUGAUAGUGUGGAGAUCGGCCUGCAGACCUGCUGCCACAUCUUCCUCAACCUCGUGGUCACUGCACCAGGGCUGAUCAAGCGUGAUGCCUGCUUCACAUCUCUUAUGAAUACUCUGAUGACGUCUCUGCCCGCGUUGGUGCAACAACAAGGGAGGCUGCUUCUGGCUGCCAAUGUGGCCACCCUGGGCCUCCUUAUGGCCCGACUCCUUAGCACAUCUCCAGCUCUUCAGGGGACCCCAGCAUCCAGAGGUUUCUUCGGAGCCGCCAUCCUCUUCCUAUCGCAGUCUCAUGUGGCACGGGCCACACCUGGCUCUGACCAGGCAGUACUGGCCCUGUCUCCUGACUACGAGGGCAUCUGGGCUGACCUGCAAGAGCUGUGGUUUCUGGGCAUGCAAGCUUUCACAGGCUGUGUGCCGCUGCUGCCCUGGCUGGCCCCUGCCGCGUUGCGUUCCCGCUGGCCACAGGAGCUGCUCCAGCUGCUAGGCAGUGUCAGCCCCAACUCCGUCAAGCCUGAGAUGGUGGCCGCCUAUCAGGGUGUCCUGGUGGAGCUUGCACGGGCCAAUCGGCUGUGCCGGGAGGCCAUGAGGCUGCAGGCAGGUGAGGAAACGGCCAGCCACUACCGCAUGGCCGCCUUGGAGCAGUGCCUGUCAGAGCCCUGAGGGGUGUCCACUGGGGACAGACCCGGGGGCGGGCAGCGAGGGAAGGAGGGAGGAGGCAUCUUCCCUGAAGCCCCCAAACAAGAACCCCCUCCCCAGACUCCUUCCCCCCAAAACACCCCAGCUUUCUGGCUUUUCUGAGGGCAAGGGCAUGGUGCCCACUCCUCAAGUGUAAGGAACUGCGUCCCGCCCCCCAGGCCCCCAUGGGGGCAGGGAUCGGCUUGGAAAUCAACGUGGUUGUCCCCGCCAGGCCGGGGAAGGUUGGAGAAGCCCCCAGGGAGGGGGGCAGUAGGUGUCAUUGUGCCCAAUGUCUGGCUCCCCUGCAGGAGGGAGGCCCCAGGGUAGGUCAGGGCUGGCAGGAGCUGAUUGCCUCAGCCCAAGUGCCCUGCCGGCCAGGGCGUGGCCUCCCCUAGGCUGUGGUGCCCCUUCUGGCUCCCCAGGUCCACGUCCUUUAAAUCGGCCAUAUGGCUCUUGCCCUUGGCCUCCUUGGGCAGAGAGCAGGCUCAGGCCAUUGAAAUCACAGUUCUUCCUUUCAACCUCAGUGACCCAGGGUCUGAACUGCCCCUAUCCUUUCAGGGCAACCUGGGGCAGACAGGCUAGUGUCGGGGGUGGGGAACCUCCUUCCACCCAGGCUUCCUUAAGAGAACCCAGGAGUCCUUGGGCCCGGGUCUCUAAGCUUAUGUGUCAUGUUGCAGCAGAGUGCCAGUGGGGGUUGAGGGUUAUUUAUUUUGCUUGUAUUUAUCCCUGCUUGGACACCCGAGCAUCUGAUUUCUGUCCUCUGUGCCAUCUGGCCUGGCCAGAGCCAGGAACAGGAGGAACACCUCCCCAGAAUCCGCAUGUUUCCCCAGUGAUCGCACCCCAUUGCCACCGUGGUGCCUGGCUUCAGCUCCCACCCCUGUUAUUACUCCUCUGCAGAGAGACGCGACUGGCGGCUCCAGCAGGGACUACUUUAUGAACCUGGGGAGGGAUCCCCCACAUCUGAUCCCUUGCUUCCCCUCGCCCUCCCCCAGUGUGUUCUGUGAUCAUCACAUUCAAAGCUGUGCACAUGUGGACACUCAAUAAAUGUUCAUUGGUGACAAGAA